CAGUAGGUGAGAUUAUCAAACCCCGGAUCCCAAAUUAAAUUUAGUAACAGUUUGAGAGAGAGAGAGAGAAAAAAAGAACCAAACCAUAUCCUAAUUUGUAGCUAGCUACAAUAGUAGUGUACGCACGGUUUUUGCACUCUCGUUUCUUGUCCUGCAAUUUUACACUUCAUUCUCACGCACAACACAAUAGUUGUUGUCGGUGCAAUUGCAAAUGGAGAACGAUACUCAAACUGAUGCCAAAGAUGAAGUCUUGUCGGUUGAGCUUUCAGCUCCUCCUUCUUGGAAGAAACUGUUCUUCCCUAAGAAAGUAGGAACACCAAGAAAAAGCGAGAUUGUAUUCGUUGCUCCAACUGGAGAAGAGAUAAGUUCCAAAAAACAAUUGGAGCAGUACCUGAAAGUACAUCCCGGGAAUCCCAACAUAUCAGAGUUUGAUUGGGGAACCGGUGAAACCCCGAGGCGGUCAGCAAGGAUUAGCGAGAAGGUCAAAUCAACUCCUCCGCCGGCAGAAACUGAGCCUCCUAAGAAACGUAGCCGAAAAUCAUCUGGUUCAAAGAAGGAUGGCAAGGAAACUGAAACCGAUCAAUCGCCUUCAGCGGAAAACAAGGCAAAGUCUUCUGUGGCCGAUCCCAAUGACACUGACAACAACAACGACAAUGAUAAAACAAAGACCGAUGCUGAGGAAAUUAAGCAAAGUAACGUGGAAGGUGAAAAUGUGACUUCCGAGAAGCCUCAAGUGGAAGAAACAUCAAAGGUGGAACAAGGAGAGCAACUUGUCGAGGAAGCUUUGAUUGCUGUGGUGGUUGAAAAACCGCAAGAGGAGGCACCGGUUGAAUCAGAAAAGGAAAAUGGUACAAUUGACAGUAAUAAGCAGGAAAAAAUCGACGCUGUGGAAAACGAAGGAGCUGAGAAAGUGAGUCUCGAUGUUGAAGAUAUUAACGGUAAGACCGAAAUUAACGAAGGAGCUGAGAAAGCGAGUCUCGAUGUUGAAGAUAUUAACAGUAAGACUGAAAUUAAUGAAGGAGCUGAGAAAGCGAGUCUCGAUGUUGAAGAUAUUAACAGUAAGACCGAAAUUAACGAAGGAGCUGAGAAAGCGAGUCUCGAUGUUGAAGAUAUUAACGGUAAGACCGAAAUUAACGAAGGAGCUGAGAAAGCGAGUCUUGAUGUUGAAGAUAUUAACGGUAAGACCGAAAUUUCAGCAAGUGAUGAAAAAGAAACCAUUCAAGGUGAGGAGCAAGUAAAGAAAAUGGUUGACAAUGAAAGUGUUAUUUGGAGCAGUGCACAAUGAAGUAGUAUUAAUUAAUACUAUAUUAGUAUUAAUCAACUCUUAGUGCAUGCUGCUGAUAUGUACUUUAUUAAUAUUACUUAGUGCCCUUAAUUUUUUUAAUGUUAUUAAAGAUGUUUUAGUUAUUUUGUGACAUUGUGAAUGUCUUGUAUUCUGUUUUAACAUAUGGAUGUAUCUAGGAGAUUAAACUUGUAUGCCUCAUAGAUUAGAUCUUUUGGUUUUCCAUAGUGCAGAUCUUAGUGUAGAUUGGAGAUGUUUGUUCCAAAUUUAUGUGAACAAUAUAAAACAUUUGAAUUUGAAUUUCUUGGAUUUAUUGACUCA